AUGGGAAGUGGCAUCUCCACGCAACAUCAUUUUGCUUUUCAGAAUGCAGAGAAAGCCUUCAAGGCGGCGGCCCUGAUCCAGCGAUGGUACCGUCGCUACGUGGCCCGGCUGGAGAUGAGGCGUCGCUGCACCUGGAGCAUCUUCCAGUCCAUAGAGUACGCUGGGCAGCAAGACCAGGUCAAGCUGCAUGACUUCUUCAGCUACCUCAUGGAUCACUUCACCCCCAACAGCCACAAUGAGAAGGACUUCCUGGACCGCAUGUUUACAGAGGAGCGAUUCCCCCGGGACCCGGAGGUGGACAAGUGCAAUGACUAUGAAUCCAUUGAGGUCCCCGACAGUUACACGGGGCCACGCCUUUCCUUCCCACUCCUUCCCAACCAUGCGACAGCCCUGGUGGAAGCUUUCAGACUAAAACGACAGCUCCAUGCUCGCUAUGUCUUGAAUCUCUUGUACGAAACCAGGAAGCAUCUGGCCCAGCUGCCAAACAUCACCCGGGUCUCGACCUGCUACAGCGAGGAGAUCACUGUGUGUGGAGAUUUACACGGCCAGCUGGAUGACUUAAUAUUUAUAUUUUAUAAGAACGGCCUCCCAUCGCCAGAGCGGGCCUAUGUGUUCAACGGCGACUUUGUGGAUCGAGGCAAGGAGUCAGUGGAGAUCCUGAUGAUUCUUUUCGCCUUCAUGCUGGUUUACCCUAAGGAGUUCCACCUUAACCGAGGAAACCACGAGGACCACAUGGUGAACCUGCGAUAUGGCUUCACCAAGGAGGUGAUGUAUAAAUAUCAGGUCCAUGGCAAGAAAAUAUUAAGAACUCUUCAAGAUGUUUUCUGUUGGCUUCCGCUGGCCACUGUGAUUGAUGAGAAAGUCUUGGUUCUUCAUGGAGGAGUGUCAGAUAGGACUGACCUGGAACUUUUGGCCAAACUUGACAGGCACAAGAUCGUCUCCACCAUGAGGUACACAACUAGGAAAGAGACUGAGAAGCCAGCAGCGCAGGUCAAGAGAGGAGGCGAGCAGGCGAGUUGCGCGCAGAGGCCCACCCCGUGGUUCCUCCCCCAGAGCCGCUCACUCCCCUCCUCGCCGUCACGCGUGGGCUCGGCCCCCACGACUCCCAAGUCCAGCCGGUCCUGCAGCGUCCCCUGCAACAGCCCCCUCGCCCGGAAGGAGCAGUCGCGGCAGAUGCGUCACUCUGUGGACUUGGAACUGGCACAGUGCUGGCGACAGGCCACCGGGGACACUGAGACACCCCUGUCCCCCGUCGGGGUGAGCCCUGAGGCUGGAGACCUGCUUGUGGCCACCCGGGAGGAGUGGAGUCAGGUCGUGGACAUCCUGUGGAGUGACCCAAUGGCUCAGGAGGGCUGCAAGGCCAACACAGUUCGCGGAGGAGGUUGUUACUUUGGGCCUGAUGUGACAGAAGCAUUGCUCCGGAAACACGGCCUGCAGUUGCUGAUCCGCUCCCAUGAGUGCAAGCCCGAGGGCUACGAGUUCUGCCAUAACCGCAAGGUGUUGACCAUCUUUUCUGCCUCCAACUACUACGAAGUUGGCAGUAACAGAGGGGCUUACGUGAAGCUGGGGCCAGCCCUGACCCCUCAUAUUGUGCAGUACCAAGCUAACAAGGCGACCCACACGCUCACCAUGAGGCAAAGGAUAAGCAGAGUGGAGGAGUCAGCUCUGAAGGCUCUCCGGGAAAAGUUAUUUGCUCACUCCUCGGCGCUCCUGAGUGAAUUUAAGAAGCGUGAUGCAGACAGGAGCGGCUGGAUCUCCCUGGGCGACUGGGCCGAGGCCGUGGAGUCCGUGCUGCACCUCGGACUGCCCUGGCGGAUGCUGAGGCCCCAGCUGGUGAGCGGCCUGGCAGAUAACGCGCUGGAGUACGAGUCCUGGUUGGAGAACUUGGCUAAGGAACAAGUGAGCCAUGAGAACAUCCAGUCCAGUCUGCUGGAAACGCUCUAUCGCAACCGGUCCAACCUCGAGACCAUUUUCAGGAUCAUAGACAGCGACCACUCAGGGUUCAUCUCACUGGAUGAGUUCAGGCAGACCUGGAAGCUCUUCAGCUCCCACAUGAACAUCAGCAGCACGGAGGACUGCAUCUGCGACCUUGCCCGAAGCAUUGACUUCAACAAGGAUGGCCGCAUCGACAUCAACGAGUUCCUGGAGGCGUUCCGCCUGGUGGAGCGGUCCUGCUCCGGGGACCGGGCCCUGGCUGGCUCUGCCUGCACCGACGCCGGCGGCGGCACACCGGGUGCACCCUGA